AUGACCGAGCUUGUGGGUUCGCACACCGCAUCUAUUCAAAAGAUGGAAAUGCAAAUGAGUGAUUUCUCAAGAGAACAAAACCCAAAACAAAAAGUCACACUCCCAAGUAAUACAAUUGCGAACCCAAAUGAUAGUGGGGGUGGCCCAACCUCUCAUUGUAUGGCCAUUACAACUCGAAGUGCAAAACUACUUCCAAGUGAGAGUGAACGGGUGAUUGGAGUGGAAGAUGUUGAACAAGAAGAUGAGGCACAAGUUGAGGUGCCUAAUAUUGUUGAAGUUGAGAGAAAUCCGAAGAAGGUGAAAGCUCAAGAUGUGAAUCAUGAAAAUGUUGAGGAAAAGGUAAUCGGGGAACCAAAACCUCUAGCACAUAUUCCUAGACCUCCCCCUCGAUUUACUCAAAGGCUAGCCAAAAGAGUUGAUAAUAGCAAAUUUGAGAAGUUAUUUGACAUCUUAAAGCAAUUAUCAGUGAACAUUCUGGUUGUGGAAGCAUUUCAAGAGAUGCCCAGUUUUGCUAAAAACAUGAAGGAUUUUAUCACUAAAGAGAAGACCAUCAAGAAUAAAAUGAAAGCGGGAUUAGGAAUGGCUAGGCCUAUGAGUUUGAGGUUUCAAAUGGUUGAACAUGCGAUAACGCGACCGAUAGGGAUAGUGGAUGAUGUGCUUGUGAAAGUGGGGAAGUUUCUCCUCGCUGCCGACUUAGUUAUUCUUGAUUAUGUUGUUGAUAAAGAGAUCCCUAUUAUCUUAGGGAGACCUUUCCUUGCAAUCAGGAGAGCACUCAUGGACUCGGAAAGAAGUGAGAUUAAAUUAUGGGUUAAUGACGAAGAAGUUACCUUUCAAGCAAGUAAGGGCAUAAAAUUUCCAAAUUCAUACGAGAGUAUCCUAGUACUUGAUAUUGUUGAUGUGGUAGAAGAUGCCAUUGAGGUAAAGAUGGAAGAGGAAUGCCUCGGUGAGGCAUUGGCGGUGAUCUUGAUAAAUUAUAAUGGUGAGGACAUGGAAGUAUAUAUGGAGAUGAUGAACGCAUUGGAAGGGUUUGGUUCCUUCACUUAUGCACCAAAGAAGCUUUCUUUUGAAUUGGAGAAUAGAUCUACUCCCCCCCGCUAA